CGCCGCCUCCCCGGCACCGCCCGCGCUGCGCGUCGCUCGCAGUCGGACGCGAGGAGCCGGUGGCCGUUCUGACGCCGCCGCGUACCAUGGCCGUCGCCUACCUCCUGGGCAACGGCUCCGCGCCGCUCCUCGCCGGCGCCCUGGAGGUCCCCUUCGGAGCCAACGCCUCUGCCGCCGCCGCCUGCCGCCCCGCCGUGCCUCCUUGUGUGGCCGCGCCGCCAGGCUCCUGGGGUAACAACACGGCGGGCUGGAACCGCUCUGAGCCUUGCGGCGGUGCCAACGGCAGCGCGGGCGGCGGGCCAUGCGCUCCCGCGGGCGGCGGCGGCCCCUCUGUGGUUACGGCUAUCGCCAUCAUGGCCCUCUACUCUGUAGUGUGCGUCGUGGGGCUUUUCGGCAACUUCUUGGUCAUGUACGUCAUCAUCAGAUACACAAAAAUGAAGACUGCCACCAAUAUCUAUAUUUUCAAUCUUGCAUUGGCAGAUGCACUAGCAACAAGUACUUUGCCAUUCCAGAGUGUGAAUUACUUGAUGGGAACAUGGCCAUUUGGUACGAUUCUUUGUAAGAUUGUUAUAUCCAUAGACUACUACAAUAUGUUCACCAGUAUCUUUACGCUCUGCACCAUGAGUGUGGAUCGCUACGUAGCCGUUUGCCACCCUGUCAAGGCCCUUGAUUUCCGUACCCCCAGAAAUGCCAAAAUUGUCAAUGUCUGCAACUGGAUUCUUUCUUCUGCCAUUGGUCUCCCAGUUAUGUUUAUGGCAACUACUAAAUACAGACAUGGAUCUAUUGACUGCACGCUUACAUUCUCUCACCCUGCUUGGUACUGGGAAAACCUACUGAAAAUUUGUGUGUUCAUCUUUGCCUUCAUCAUGCCAGUCCUGAUCAUUACUGUGUGCUAUGGGCUGAUGAUUUUACGCCUCAAGAGUGUCCGCAUGUUAUCUGGCUCUAAAGAGAAGGACAGGAACCUGCGGAGGAUCACAAGGAUGGUUCUUGUAGUGGUGGCAGUGUUCAUCAUCUGCUGGACUCCUAUCCAUAUUUAUGUCAUCAUUAAAGCCCUGGUCAACAUCCCAGAAACUACUUUCCAGACUGUGUCCUGGCACUUUUGUAUUGCUCUAGGGUAUAUAAAUAGCUGCCUCAAUCCAGUCCUGUAUGCAUUUCUAGAUGAGAAUUUCAAAAGGUGUUUCAGAGAGUUCUGCAUCCCCACCUCCUCAACCAUUGAGCAGCAAAACUCCACAAGGGUCCGACAAAAUACUCGUGACCAUGCUUCCACUGCCAACACUGUGGACAGGACUAACCAUCAGUUGGAACUCCAAGAAGCUGAAACCACCCCACUGCCGUGACAGGGUCUGCUGCAGUAUAGCUCUCAAAGCAAUUACAAACCAGUGUUUCUGUGCAGUCCACUAUGGGAAGGCAUAGGAUACGCUUUCCCUCAAAAAAGAAAUAAAAACAAUGAUAAAAGAAUAAACAUAGAGGAAAGUGCCUGCUUUUCCAAUCUGUCAAAAAUUGCUUCUGCAGCACUUCUACAUUGCUCGUAACAGAAGCAUGAAACUCAGUGGCAAGCAGAGCCAAGAGGUAUGGGGGCUUUCCAAGCUCCACUGUUCAAAACAGUCAUUAACCAGGAAUACAUCUGUUAGUCUAAAAGCAAAGCUAUCUGAUAUGCUCUGGCAAGUUACAAUGGCAUUAAACAGGUUGGAAACAAAAGUUCAAGAGACAGACAACUUUUGAAAAAAAAAGUUGUCAAGCUUUUAAGGACAGGAAAUAAUGGGAAAUGAAGUUGGGUACUUGAUUUACAUGUAAGUUUUUUUUGUAGAGGUGUUUUCUGUGUGGGUUGUUUGUGUGCCAAAGUCUCACAGGAUCAUCUAGAACAACACGUUGGAAAUUCAAGAGUUCUUCACUUAUAAAGAUUGCAUGUUCAAUAACUUCAAAGGGAAAAUAUUUCCGUCAGUGAUCAUUUACAGAAAAAAAACCUCCAAGCAACACCAUUCUCUUCUACUUCUCACAUAAGAACUAGACUUUUACAAUCAAAACGAUGAGGUAUCAGUUCACCUAAUAGAGUAAAUGUAAGUAUCCCAUGCUGUUAUUGGUAGAAUUAUCUCCAAAAAAGCAUUGACUCUGUUAUUGUAAACUCCAGUGCAAAUAGAUGUACAACUAUAAGCUUGUCAGAGCUGGCACAGGCAACCAAUGAAUUCUCUUUAGAUUCCCAAAUUUCUACUGCCCUGUCAGCAAUAUCUCAAACUUGGAAGUCAACAACAGUCCCUGUGUGAAGUGUUUGGAAGAGUUAGCACAUCAGAGCUGCUUUAAAAAAAAAAAAAAAAAAGGUUACAUUUUGAUAGAAAUAAUUUUUUUCUUAACCAAACACAUAUGUUUGUUUUUCUAACUAACU